UCACCGUGUCCGGUACAUUAAUUCACGCUUAGUAAAUCAACUCCAUACAUGGUUAGAUAUAUAGUUAGCCCUAGCUAAUUAAGAUAAUGUUGAUCAAACUAUAUAUUAACCAUUACCAAAUGUCCCUAAGACAAUGCACUUAAUUCACAAGGUGGCUGGUGCUUUCAAUUAGUUACUCCAUCUACAUCCCUUGAAGUCACAUAACAACAAAAGGAUAGCUCACUCCCCCCACAAACACACUAUCUCUCCAAUUUGUCUCCUUCCUUUUAUUGCAAAAUCAUAUUCAAUUCAUAAUUAGUUACAUACCCUAGCUAGAUAAAUAAUAAUAGUAAUAAUUCAUGUCCUAUGUACUUUAUUAGCUUUACUUGUCCGCAACAUGAAUCCAUAAUUGUUUUCAUUUGGGAAAAAAAAAAAGAAACAUGAAUCAAUAAUUGAAUUGGUGAUACCUGAAUUUGAACAUAAAGAGUACCUCAAUAUAAACAAUGGAAGAUGGUUUUAAUUAUGUGGAGGUGGGAAACUUUAAAGGGCUUGAGAGAGACUGGCCAAAGAAUUGUCUGACAGGUCAAUAUUAUUAUGUACUGGGAUGGAAAAUGUUGCAGUGGAAUGAAGUUGGAAAAACCAUGUGGUGGGGGCUUAUUACAAGCCAACAUGAAGAAUGUGUACAAUAUUAGGUUCAUUUAUGUGUGUAAAGAGCUCAAUUUAUCUACUCUGUCCUUUAGUUUUGUCCCAGAUGUGAGAUGGAUAGGAGAGAAUGGCAGUGGAUCCAACUCUUUCUAUAAGACUUUCAUUUGUCCUCAUCAUUUCAACAAUAAUUCAAUCAACGACAUUGAAUUGGUUUACAUAAAAGAGAGGUACCGUGUUUGAAUCGUGAUAUGCUCGAUUAUGUGCAAACUUUAACCUUGUUUGGUUGGGAGUGACUGUAGUAGAAGUGUGUCAAUGGGCCAAGCAAGCUAGCCGACCAGAUGAGCUCCCCGAUCAACGCAAUUGCUGGCUAUUGUUUCCUCCUACAUUAUCAUUUCCUACACAUAUGUUGAUUAUGUAUACACGUAUGUUUUGUACAUAUAAAAUUGUGAUAGUAUGUGUAUUAUAAUAAUACUCUUUCUCUCUCUAGAUUCUCUCCUUCUGUGUUAUUGGCAUUGGGAUUCAAGAGAGACAAGCCUCCAAACCCUAAUUUCAGACUUUGUCUUUGUCCCAUUGUACACACAUGCGCACAUAUUAUAAUAUUGUUUUGCAUACAUACACAAGCUAGCUAAGGAAGUACUAGAGUGUUCAAAUGGUUACCGUGGCAAUAACCAAACCAAUUAAGUUUAAAUUUCAUUAACCAUGGAAUAAAAUGUCUUAACCAAGCCGUCCAAAUCAGCACUAAAACCAAAUUAAUCAAACUAAAGUUUAAUUGGUUUGGUUAAUCGGAUUAACCAAAUAACAUAACAUAACAUGCAAACAAUUAUCCUGUUAAUGAAUAAAACAUAACCAUAUGUUGUUACUAUCAUAAACUAGCGUUAUAUAUAAUUAUGUAUAUUAGGUGUAUCAUUAAUUGGUUAAUUGGUUUCAUUGGUUAGCAUUGUUGAAACCAAACCAAACCACCUAAACCAAAUAAGCUAAAUUGUUUAACCAAACCAAACCAAUUAUCCAAAUUAACCGAAUACUACCGGUUAAUAUGGUUACCACGAUAACCAAUCCGUUUCAACACCCCUAAGAAGUACUACAAUUCCUUCCUUCUCUCACUCUUGACCAUAGUACAUGUAUGCUUGGAUUUUUGUCUAUAUGCAUAUUCUUUGAACUUUUUUUUUUGUUUGAACUUUGUCUAUAUGCAUAUUCUUUAUUCUCAUAAUAAUACCUCCCCAUUCCCAUCUCCUUUCUACAAUACACACUAUUCAAUAAGGAUGUAAAGGAAGGAGAGUCUCUUGUUUGUGGGUUUCCCAAGUCCCAAGAUAAACAAGUAUUCAUUCGUUUAUCUUAACCACACACAUACGUAAAGGAACGAAAUUUGGAAUGGUAUCUCGAUAGUCAUAUUCGUGUUGUGAUAAAUUGGAUUCAGAUUGAGUAUUUUAUUUUUGAAUACGGGUCGUAGCUAAAAAAUUGACUCAUGUAUAUAUAUGUUAAAGGGAAAUACUCGAUUUUUUUUUCUUAUUAAAAAUUUGAGAAACAAUAUCACAUGAUGAAUGAAAUGUAAUUAUUCAAAAAAUGAAGGUUCUCACCUAAUUAAAAUUUAUUAUAGUUAAGAUAUCAUGCAAUAAAAGUAAAACUCUAAUGCAUUUGAGUAAAAAAAACAUUUAUUUAGACAAAAUGGGAAAGAAAUUUACCAGGAUAAAUAAGAUUGAAGCGACUACCCAUAUCAAUCUCAUAUCUAAUUGAACAGAUCGAAUAAAAUGAGUAAGAUCCAAUUUGUCAUUCGUAUAUACAGAUAAAAUAUUAAAAUAUAUAAUUCAAGAAAAUAGAAAAGAAGGACAUUCUCUUCCUUUCCUCUCCUCACUCCUCACUACACUUUCUCAGCCUAUUCCCUCUUGUUUCCUCCUCUCUCUUUGCUUCAACCAUAUAAUAAUAAUAAAAGCAUUUUUUAUUACCAUUAUUUUGUUCUCUAAUGUUUAGUCACACCUCAACAAGUGACAUCUUGUCUCCCCUUCUCUCUUCUCUCUCCCAUCAUUUUUUUACUCAAUUGGGUCACCUUUAUCAACCCUCAACACUUGAUCCCUCUCCUUCAUUCAUCUCAAUCCCUUCUUCCUCACACUUCUCCUUCUCUAGCUAUAGCAACAACAACAACAACAACAAAAAAAAAAAACCUCCCUUUUCUCUCUAGGCCCAAUCUUCUUCUUCUUGUUCUUCUUGUUCUUCCCUAAUGGGGUCUUGAAUUGAUUCCUUCCCAUCAUAACUCCCCUUUUUGGCCUCCUCCUCCUUCUUCUUCAAUGGCUGAUCCCUAUUCCAAUUACUUCCACAACAAUGGCUCCUACAACAGUAACAGCAGCAACUGGCACUUCAAUCUCCCUGAUCACCACACCAAUAAUUCACUCAACCAUCUCCACCACUUCUCCUCCACCUCAUCAUCAUCACCACCUUCUUCCUUCACUAACUUCUUCUCAUCAGCACCAUCGUCAAGAGAUCACCAAUAUAAUCGAUUCUACACCAGCAGCCAGCAGCAGCAGCAGUUUCAUCAUCAUGAAUACUCACCACCAAUAUCACCUCCAAUCAGGGAAGCACUACCACUGCUGGGCUGCCUCAGCCCAACAAGAAGGCCCAUGGACCUGGACCAUCAUCAUCAGCUCAUCACAUCAUCAUCAUCAUGUGAUGAUGAACAAGAGGAUGGCACUGUUACUGUGGCUCUACAUUUAGGGCUUCCAAGCCCAAUAUCUUCCUCCACAACAGCAGCAACCACAGUGGAGAUUUCUGCUGCUGCUGCAGUUUCUUCUUCUUCAUUGACUGGUGGGGUGAUUACUACUACAACAUCAGCAGCAUUACUUAAUGAUAAUCAUAAUCAUGGUGGUGAUGUUGAUGAUGAUGAUGAUCAUUAUAGUAAUGGGAGUAGCAGUAAUAAUAAUCAGGUGCAGCAGCUCCAUGGUAGUGAUUAUAGUAAUAAUAAUGGAGGAGGAGGAGGAGGAGGAGGAGGGAUGAUGGUGAUAAACAGGAUAAACAGAGGACAGUACUGGAUCCCAACACCAGCCCAGAUCCUGAUUGGCCCAACUCAGUUCUCUUGCCCUCUUUGCUUCAAGACCUUCAACCGCUACAACAACAUGCAGAUGCACAUGUGGGGCCACGGGUCGCAGUACCGGAAGGGCCCCGAGUCCCUCCGCGGGACCCAGCCGACGGCGAUGCUCCGGCUGCCGUGCUACUGCUGCUCUCCGGGCUGCCGGAACAACAUCGACCACCCGCGCGGCGGCAAACCCUUGAAGGACUUCCGCACCCUGCAGACUCACUACAAGCGGAAGCACGGGAUCAAGCCCUUCAUGUGCCGGAAGUGCGGCAAGGCCUUCGCCGUCAGAGGUGACUGGCGGACCCACGAGAAGAACUGCGGCAAGCUCUGGUACUGCGUUUGUGGGUCCGAUUUCAAGCACAAGCGGUCGCUGAAAGACCAUAUUCGCUCUUUCGGCGGCGGCCACGCCGCCUACGGGAUCGACACGUUUGGAGAGGAGGAGGAGGAAGAAGAUGGUAUGGAAGGUGAGUCGGACGUGGAGCAGCAGCAGCAGCAGGAUAAAGAGUCAUAAUUAUGUAUUCAAUAACGUAACUUUAGCUAUAGGUAUGAAGAUGGCUAGGGUUUUGGAGAAAUGGCGGUGAGGGUGAUCAUCGAGCAAUUGCAUUUAGACUUUUUUGUUGUUGUUGUUGUUGCAGAUCCCAGAUUCGAUCCAAUUAAGCGAGACCCAUUUGAUCCUCCCAGAGUUAUGAGGGUGCUGGCGAAAAAAACCUGUUGGUGUCGAAUUGAUUGCACAGGUGGCCUCCAGGUUGAGCAAACCUCAUUGUUAAAAAGUGGCACGUGAGGUUGAAGUUCCUGGGUAAUAAUAAUAUAUAUAAAAAUCCAUUCAUGUGAGAUCCUUAUGUUGACUUAAGCCUUGCGGAUAACAUUUAUCCGUCUUUUCGAGUUACAAGAUGACAUUAAUCAUGAAGUUUGUUAAUGGAUGAAGUAGAAAUGUAUGAAAAUCGAAGUUGAUCAACGAUUAGGAAUUAUAAUGAAACAAGUUAUAUCAAUCGAUUGAUCGUCGAUGAAUUCGUGACUGGCUUUGAUCAAUUUAAACGCUUCAAAAUGAAAUUUGAAUUGCACU